AUGGCCGACACGCUCGAAGUCAAAGACGCGCACACCGUCGACGAAACAUCCUUCCCAUACAUCUACGAGCAACAUGUCCCUGUCCCGCUGAAGACAAGCUCAACCGGCAUCAUUCGAUGCAACGUGUACCGCCCGAAGUCGACCAAGGAGGGUGCGAAGUGCCCUGUGCUGGUCACGUAUGGGCCGUACGGGAAGGAUAUUCCUUACAAAGACUUCCACGGUAAAUCCUUCUCAGAAGUCAAUCCGGAGCAUCACUCGGAGCACUCGGCAUGGGAGACGCCAGACCCCGGGUUCUGGACCGCGCAGGACUACAUCAUUGUGCGUGCUGAUGAGCGCGGCUUGGGCAUGUCCCCGGGGUUUCUGGAUACGAUGUCGAGGGGGACGAGUGAGUGUUUCUUCGAUGUUGUCGAGUGGUGUGCUGAGCAGGAGUGGUCUUCUGGUAAGGUUGGCUUGCUGGGUAUUAGUUACUAUGCUGGUUCGCAGUGGCGCGUUGCUGCUAGGAAGCCGAAGGGCUUGGCUGCGAUUAUUCCCUGGGAGGGAAUGAGCGAUUACUAUCGUGAUCGCUGUAGGCAUGGAGGGAUUUUGAGCAAUAAGUUCAUUGACUUUUGGUGGAAUCGUCAAGUCAUUACAAACCAGUACGGUCGUCCCGGACGAGCGGCGAGAAACUGGGGCCCGGAUGGCGUCGAUGGCGACUUGUCCGAAGAAGCACGAGCGAAGAAUAGGCAAGAUCAGAACAUCGACAACGCCAACAACCGGUUCCGAGACGAGGACUAUUACGCCAGCAAAGAGUACGAUAUGGCGGAUAUCGAAGUGCCGCUCCUGUCGGUCGGCAACUGGGGUGGCAUCCUGCUCCAUUUGCGUGGAAACAUCGAGGGAUACACGCAUGCGGGAUCCGAGUUCAAGUACUUGAGGAUGAUUGUGGGACGCCACGACUUGCCCUUCUACUACAAGGAAGAAGUCGAAGUGCAACGCAGUUUCCUCGAUGCGUUCCUCAAAGGUGACGACAGAGUAGGCUGGUCCGUGAAAGGCAAAGUCCCAGCCGUAGACAUGGUUUUGCGAAAAGGCGACGUGGGCUUCGACAACGCAGAGAAAGAAAAGAUCUACGAGCGACGAACAGAAAACGAAUGGCCCAUUGCACGAACCCAGUACACAAAGUUCUUCCUCUCGCCCUCGCAGAUACUCACCCAAGACCAACCCACGACCCCCCGUCCACAAAAGCUUUCCUACGAAGCGCUCGGCAACCUCGAAAACCCUAAAUUCCUCCAAUUCACAACCGCGCCCUUUGAGGAAGAGACGGAGAUAACAGGCCACAUCGUCGCGCACCUAAACGUCUCGCUCUCUCCCCACGCCACCAGCAAAACACCCACAGACAUCGACCUCUUCCUCACGCUGCGCUACAUUUCCCCCGCCGGCAAGGAGGUAAACUACACCGGCACAGCCGGCGACCCGAUCCCCCUCGCAAAAGGCUGGCUGCGCGUCAGCCUCCGCAAGACGGACCCCUCGCACCCAAAGCACCGCGAAUACCUCCCCUGGCGCAACUACUUCAGCACCGACGUCCAGCCCGUUGUCCCCGGCGACGUGUAUGCUGUUGAUGUGGAGGUGUGGCCUACUAAUGUUGUGGUGGAGAAGGGCGGGAAGAUUGUGUUUGAGGUUGCUAGUGGGGAUACGCAGGGGAGUGGCAUCUUUCAACAUGGGCAUCCUGAGGAUCGGAGUGAGGCGAAACUUGCGGGGAUGAAUCAUUUGCAUUUUGGAGAGAGGUGUGUGAAUUAUGUUACGUUGCCGGUUAUUCCGCCGAAAUGAGGGGGUUGUUUGGGGUGGGUGUAGAAAACUAGAAGUGUGGAUAGCAUGUUUUGUUGGUAUGG